UACAUGUUGCGUAUUGCUGCUAAGUGAGUCCACACAUAUUCAGCAAUAAGCCUCUGGGAUUUGGGAAAUAGACUUGGUGGUGAUGCUAACUAAACAGGAGCUAGGCAUUGGGUAUCAAUGAUGAUAACUUUUGAACAUUAAUUUCACAGCAAAAUUCAUUUACCUACGAGAUUAAGAGCGUAUGAUAUUUUACUCGGAAUUGAUUAGACAUGGUUCACAUAGAGGAUUGGUUAAAGAAAACAUGCAGACAGGAGUAAUGAAGCCAGGCCUAGCCUGCCUUUUAACGUGAGACCAUGGGCUGUGCACCUAGUAUUACUGUUUCACAAAGUGGAGUAGUUUACUGUCGAGAAUCAGAAGAGUCAAACUCGCCCAAACCAUCUAGACUUAACCAAAAAAAUCAAGUUACUAUCAAUACCUCAACAGGGGCAAGUGAAAAAUCAGAUACAAGCCAUAUGUUCCAAUUUUGUAAAGAUAGGAGAGGAACUUUAGAAGCCGAGACUCAAACAAGCCAGUCAUCAGCAAAUAUGAAGGGAGAAAUGAAUGAGGUUGAUUUUGGGCCAAUGAAGCUAAUCCAGCCACAGAUGCAGGUUCUGCUGGUUUUUGGCAAAGAGGAUUCUCAGAGCGAUUCAUUCUGGUGGGCAGCGGAGAAGGGAGGCUACCAGUGUAGUAUCGUGCACAAUCAAGUGGACGCACUUGAGUGCUAUCUAGAGAAACAACAUGAAGUUAUCAUUGUCGAUCACCGACACAAGAGCUUUGAUGCCCUCGCUUUAUGCAGAUCUGUACGAGCUACACAAGGCAGUCAACAUUCUGUUAUAGUUGCCGUGGUAAAGAAGAGUCCCGCAGAUCGAGAAGAGGUUUCAGUCUUGUCCCUACUCUCGGCAGGAUUUAAUCGUCGUUUUGUUGAGAAUACCAAUACAGGAGCAUGUUUAAAUGAACUAUUACAACUGGAGCAUGGAGAAGUGAAAAAUCACUUCCGAUUCAGGGCUGCAGCAGCUCUGUUUACUGCCUUAGAAAAGACAUCCGACCGAGUUCAGAUCACCGACGAACAGCAUGUUGUUCAGUAUGUGAACACAGCGUAUGAACACUUCAUCGGUUUAUCCAGUGAGGAGAUAGUUGGCAAGGAGUUAUCUGACAUACCACAAAGUGACAAGAACAAAACAGAACAAAUGGACACAAUACAUUCACAGCUUAAAAAAGGAAAGUCCUGGGAAGGAACAAUGUAUUCAAAGAAAAAGAACGGAGAAAACGUUGCACAACAUGUAAACAUAAUCCCAGAACAGGGAUAUGGAGGGAAAGUACGACAACUUGUAUAUGUGAGCAGAAACCAAUAUCAUCAGGAAUUCAAGGAUGGUUUAUCAGAUUCUUAUGAUAUAAUGAGAAACAGUGGGGUGACGGAUUUCAAAGCCUUUCAUAAGAGUGGAUAUGAUGGAUGUUCACUAGCAAGUGACCCAGGUAAUUUAACUAGAAGACCGUCAAUGGCCAGAAUUCACUCAAUGAUGAUAGAAGCCCCCAUAACACAGGUGAUAAAUAUUAUUAAUGCGGCGCAGGAGAACAGCCCGGUCACGGUCGUUCAAGCCCUAGAUAAGGUCUUGGAAAUUCUGCGGUCAUCAGAGCUCUACGCACCGCCAUUGAACUCCCAAGCUAAUGAGGAGGAUCAGAUGACAACAGACUUGGUCGGCGGUUUAAUGACUCAUAGUGGUUUUGCAUUACAACGCAAGAUGUCUGGACCAGAGGCUACUAUUACAAGAGUUAUUUCAUCAUUGAUGCCAAACAAUUCUGGGACAUACAUCAACCAAGUUGCCCCAGAUAUUAAGCAGUUGCUGCUAACAGAUACAUAUUGGGAUUUUGACAUUCUUGCACUAGAAAGAAUUACUCUAAAUAGGCCAUUAGUAAACCUUGGGAUGAGCGUGUUUUUGCGGUUUAAUGUCUGUAGUUAUUUGAAUUGCUCAGAGACCGUGUUACGCAACUGGUUACAGGUGAUUGAGGCUAAUUACCACUCCUCGAACCCGUACCACAACUCAACCCAUGCUGCCGACGUACUGCAUUCAACAGCUUACUUCCUCAAUAAGGAUAAGCUGAAGCAAUGUUUUCAAACGUAUGACGAAGUAGCAUCUUUGAUUGCGGCAACAGUACAUGAUGUUGACCACCCAGGAAGGACAAAUUCAUUCUUAUGUAAUGCAGGGAGCGAACUAGCUAUCCUUUACAAUGACACAGCGGUGUUGGAAAGUCACCACGCUGCCUUGGCAUUCCAAAUUACGACCAAAGAAGAUAGAUGUAACAUAUUCAAGAACAUGGAUGUCACUGACUAUCGCUUGUUACGGCAAACCAUCAUUGAUAUGGUGUUAGCCACUGAAAUGACCAAACAUUUUGAACAUCUCAACAAAUUCAGCACAAGUUUUGUCAAGAUUAAUGCAGAAGAUGGCAGCUCAAUGGUGAGUGCAUCUCCUGGUGGUUCAUCACUCGCAUCUGACUGCCUGGUAACACCACAGAACCGCACUCUCAUACGACGCAUGCUCAUCAAGUGUGCAGACGUUUCCAAUCCCACAAAGCCUCAGGAAUUGUGCGUCGCAUGGGCUGGCAGAAUAGCUGAAGAGUAUUUCAGUCAGACAGAGGAGGAAAAGCGACGGGGUUUGCCUGUUGUUAUGCCAAUCUUUGAUAGAGUUACCUGUAGCAUUCCAAAAUCCCAAACUUCAUUUAUUGAAUAUUUUAUUAAUGACAUGUUUGAUCUCUGGGAUGAGUUUGUCGAUUGUCCUGAAGUUAUUGCCCACCUGCAGAGUAAUUAUAAGUAUUGGAAAGACAUGGAAGCAAAAGAACAAGAAAAGAAACUAGAAAAGACAGAAUCAAAUGAAAACUCAAUCUGAAACUUUUUAAUACAAUUAAGAAUGUAUUUAUUUAAAAAAUACUUGGAAGAUUCCAUUAUUUUUUAGGGAUAGUUUAUGAUUAUGGAGUUAUAUUGUUAUAUAAAUUUAGGAGCCAACUCAAAUCGCUUUGUAUAGAAAUAGAAUAAGAUGAUUUUAAUGCUGUAUCUCACAGCUUUAGAUUUAUUUUUGUACGAAGUAAUCAUUGAUGUUAAUUUAAUAUAUCUCUCUGACGAUGAUGUAAAGAAAGAGAGGAAAUAAGCCUGGUGCUAUUACAUAUUGGUAUAAGCAUGGAGGAAUUAGUUUUCUAAACUAAUUCCUUCAUGGACAGUGUUUAUAUUAUUCCAUGGACAUACAGGCUGAGAUGCUGGUGGGCAGACAGUCAGUACAGCCAUACCCCUAACUUAGGGCUGUCAAGUUAGAAAUUAUGGCAGAUAUAUUUUUUACAUUUUCACUAGAACAGCAGCCAAUAUAUUUUUAGGUUUUACAUGAAAUAGAAAAUGUUGAAGGCUUCAAACAGGUUUUGUUGGCUACUGAAAAAAGUAUGUAAAUACCCAUGUGACUUUUCCUGGCCUGCAAACAUGGAACGUUUUGUAAAGAAUAAUGCAUUGUAAGGAAUAUAAAACUGUGAUAGUGGUGUGUAUACAUGAAUGAUUACUUAUUGGAAGUAAUGACAUUUUAUUAAGGAGCGGUUUUAGGAGAUUAUAAAAUUCUGAUUGUAUUUUUACCGACCAAGAAAUCAGGAUUUUAUAAUUUAAAAAAUGUUAUAGUUUUGUCAUCUGGGUUUCUGAAAAGGAUUAGGAAUUUAAGGGAAAAAGUAAAAAAAACCAAAGUGGUCAUCUAUGACCGGAUCUGAUAACACCCAACGUUUGUCGCAGUUUCUAGUUUCGUGCUAGCACCCAGAAUGUCCACAAUUUUUUUGCAGCCUAUGAAAGAAAGAUAGAUUGAUUGUAAAAUAUUAAUUACUAAUCUAACUGAAAAGUGUAUCAAAUUUAUUUUAAAAAUACAAAUCCCAAUAUUAUUAAACUGUUGAUUUUGGAAGCUGUUUUCUCAGACCUACAUGGCUAAUAUCAUGGACUUAUUAAUAAGUUCUUAUUAAUAGUUUCAUGCUAAUUUCCAAUAAAUUAAAUAUUCAUAACUUUGCUAAUACUUAACCAAUUUCCAUCAAAUAAACAGUUUUAAAGAAGACUUAUGUAAAAUUUUGAAAUACCCGAAACUUAAUUUUGAAUUUUUCCUACAAACAAGGUUUUUGCCAGAGCCAACCAGUAUUUAUUUAAUCCAGUUCCAAGUUUGUUUGAGUGAAACCGCCUAUUGGAAUAGGGACCAUCUUAAGAUGUUUGAAUCACCAACCCAUUUGACAAGGUUAGGGAUCAGCUCAGAAUUGUUAUAUCUCCAAGAUGCUUGACAGGGUUAUGGAUCACCUCAGGAUGUUUAUGCGCCUCCAACCCAUUUGACAGGGUUCAGUCAGGUUCGCAUUAAAUUAAUAAUGUAACUGCUUGUAUCUGCCACCGUAAUGGGGGAUAAAAUUCCUUAUCAUCGACAGUUUGAGCAGUCAAACAUUUAAGGUGUAAACUUUUCAUUAAGACUUGACAAUGACAGAAGCCAAAAGGUCUUUUUGAUUUUAAACAUGUUGUAUUUAUCUUUGUAAAAUAUAUGUUAAAUUAUAUAUGUAGAAAAUAGUUCAAGGCAUACAUAUAAAAUAUCAUGUACCAAUGAAAAUUAAUUUGAAUCCCUUCCUUGCUGAGAGGAAGAUGUGGAUGAGUAGUAAAGGCAGAUAGAGGGAAGAGGUUAGUGAACCAUCUGAGAUUCUUUGAAAAUCAUGGUAUUUUUUUACAGAUAUUUUCAUAUGAAACACAAACUGUAUAUAAAAGAUUUAACAUUACCAUAGUAUGUACAAAGAAAGAGAAUUAUUUAAUAAUGUAUUUUAAGUCAGAUUGUUUUCCCCAAAUUAUAUUCACAAUUCUUGAAAUCUUUAUCACCUUGCAAAUGCAAAUAUAAAAUUUGAUAGUGUCUUACAAUGGAUAUAUUUCAUUGCCUUUUGCUGUUAAGUAUUCAGUUGUCCAUCUUUAUGUGAAUAUGGCAACACAGUUUUCCAUCUGUCCUGUUCAGAUUAUCGCCAAAUAUUAUUUGAAAAAAUCAUGUGACAUACUGUACCUAAAUAUGGUCAUGAUGACAUCACAUUAUGACCAUAUAUAGCCACAUCAUGACUAUAUAUGGGCAUACAACAGUUUUUUGUCAAAUAAA